AACUGCAGUGUAGAACACUUAUCAGUGACAUUCCACGGGAGAGAUUUACUGCAGUGUUUUAGAGGUGUAGCCCUCCCAGGACGACUGUUUCUACGAGACAAAUGGCAACAGAUUGAAUCUCAGGGACGCAGGGCCAGUUUGAAAGGGCAGGUGUGGACAAGUUUCAGUAUCUGGGACAUAGCUCAAGUUUACUCGGAAGGAUCUGGCUAAGGAUGUCUGUCGGGGUUUUGAACUUCUGCUUAUUUCUUUGAGGACUUCUUGAAGGGUUGUGGGUAACCUGCUGGUCGGACAUUCAGCAGCAUCAAUCACCCACCACUAGAGGGCCCAAUCUGACAACAUACAGGAAGUAUUAUUUAAGUAAUUAUACUGUAUUUUUCACAGACCAUUUAGACAAUAUUUAAGUUUCUCUUGGUACGUUCCUUCUGUCUUUUGUGUUUGCUUCAUAUAAAUUAAUACCAGUCUAAAAGUACACGGUAGAUAAAAUACAAAAAAAAGGAAUUAUAUAAUAGUAUUUUAUAUAAUAGUAUUGUAGACAUACUCACACACAAAGUAAUAAACGUUCAACUGUCAUUAGAGUCUGGGAAAAAUGAAAGGAAACUAAUUGCAUAGAAAAGAUGAAUUAUUAACAAAAGGUGUUAGGCCCAACCUGAACAGCUGACGGGAACAAGGAAGCUACUCCCACGUAAAUAAAAACCUGUUUGGUUGCUCUUUUGUUUAAACACCUUUGACUUCCAAAGAGGAAUGCAGGUAGCAGAGCUGUACAAGAGCUGUACAAUACUCACCUAACGGCUAGCAAAAAUGCUGAAAAGACUCUUUAGCUUCCUGGCCUUUUUUGCUUUUGUUAGUAUGGUAUGUUUUAUUGUGGUUGUAUUCUACAGCAAAGACAGCACUUUUUUUAUUUUUACAAAGCCAUAUCGUAUGGCAGUUGGAAACGCCACAUCUUUCCAGUCAAUUAAAGAACUUGUUGAGCUGGAGAUUGAAGCCCAAAAUGCCAGCUCAGAAAAGACACGGAUGCCACCCAGUACGCCCAAGACUUUGGGACCCUGCCCUGACACCCCUCCAAACCUUGUGGGUCCCCUCCAUGUGGAGUUUAAUUCCAACCGGACUUUGGAUUACGUAAGAAAGGAGUUUGGUUCUCUUCUUCAGGAAGGUGGACGGUACAUGCCUCCAGACUGUAUUGCCCAACAAAAGGUGGCGAUCAUCAUUGCAUUCCGAAAUCGGUAUGAGCACCUGAAGCACUGGCUGUAUUACCUCCAUCCCAUAUUGAUACGACAGCAGUUGGACUACAGAGUGUACAUCAUCAACCAGGAUGGAGAGGGAGUGUUCAACCGGGCUAAACUGAUGAACGCAGGCUACGUCGAAGCGCUGAAGGAAUAUGAUUAUGAGUGCUUUGUCUUCUCUGACAUCGAUCUGGUUCCUAUGGAUGACCGUAACCUCUACAGAUGUUUUGACAAUCCACGACACUUGGCUGUGGCUAUGGACAAAUUUAACUUCCACUUACCCUAUAACGGCUACUUUGGUGGGGUUUCUUCAUUGUCUAAGAGCCAAUACUUGAAGAUUAACGGCUUCCCGAACAGUUUCUGGGGCUGGGGUGGUGAGGACGACGAUAUCUAUAACCGAAUUCUUCAUCGUGGAAUGUCCAUUUCUCGACCUGACUCGGUGAUAGGAAAGUACAGGAUGGUCAAACAUGAGAGAGACCGGCACAAUGAGCCCAAUCCAAAUAAUCCUGGCAAAUUAAGUCAAACAAAGUGGACCAUGGAUAAAGAUGGCAUUAAUUCCCUAAAAUACUCUGUCAAGAGUAUUGUGAGGGAUAGACUGUACACGUUUAUCACUGUGGAUAUUGAUGCUCCAUUAAACUGAAUGAGGAUGGAAAUGCUGUCGACUGAUGAUUCAUGGUGUUUGUAAUAUUUCUAUUGAAAACAUGUAACUGUGAUGCUUUGGAAAUUUUCAGACCUUAAGACCUUUUAGAAAUCUGUAAGUUUGGAAUUCUUUAUUUAACCAAUGGAAGGUGUGUGUGUGUGUGUGUGUGUGUGUGUGUGUGUGUGUGUGUGUGUGUGUGUGUGUGUGCGUUUGCCCAAGUGCACUAAACAAACAUACUGAGUGUAAGCUUUAUCAAUAAAAACAUUGUUUCUCAUUUGCUUCUGCCCUAUCCUCAAACAACAAUUAUUAGGCUAUUCUGUGAAAUGUUUGCAUCUCUACGGUAGUUCAUCGUUGCUUUCACACACAAUUCAAA